GUCCCUGUGUAUGUAAUUAUGAUAGUACGAUGAUGAAAAAUGCACAUAAUAUUACACGUCCGACUGCUAGGUAAACAUAACUGCUAUAGAUAGAAUCAUAGAUAUUGGGAAAGAUAGAAAAAAGUGUGUGUAUGCUGGAGGAAUAAGUGUGAAUUUCGAAUAAAAGAACAUAAACCUACACGAUGGUUUUCCAGGAUAUAUCAAAGGUAAUGAUGGGGCAGCUUAGUGCCGAGGAAUUCGUGGCUCCUUUGAGCGCGUCCAUUAUGUUCUUCAUAAUCACUAUGGGAGUCGGGUGGUCGCUUAGAGCGUUAAACAAAAUGUUGACGCCGGAGCCAAUCAAAACUCAUGUUGCAAAUUUCUUAGCGACCUUGGAGAUGUGUGCAUACUUUUUCGAGAAUAAUUUCAUCUAUAAAAACUUUGGCAGCAUUUGGUUGUUUAUUGCCGUUGUAAUUGAAUGCUUCAUUGCAAACAGAACAUUUUUCGGAGCCUCAGAAAAUCCAUGUCAUGCGUUCACUCAGAUGCUUGAAAAUAAGAUCUCAGCCACUUCGGCGAUUGUCAGCAUUGUCGUACAAGCGCUUGCAGGUGUUGCUUCUUACCGGUUUGCCAGAAUGGUAUGGUCAUUGGACAUGGUUCCAGAUCAUAGGGACAGAUACAUGGAGACUGUAUGCGCCUCAGACCUGAAUGUUGCCUUCCUGAUUGGUUUCGGUAUUGAACUAGGAGCUACGCUGAUCGACACAUGGAUGGGUCGGCAGACUUUGAUGAAAAUGUCGAUGGUUGAUGAGCUCAUUAAACUUUCAGUGGGCUCUCUAAUGAUCGUUUUAGGUAUUAACAUGACCGGCAUGUAUUUCAAUCCGGCGAUGGCGUCAGGUCAUACUUUCGGUUGCCAUGGUACCGAGGUGUGGGAGCACCUGUUUGUAUACUGGGCGGGGCCUUUCCUCGGUUGCUAUGUUGCUACAGUAAUUGAUCAAAUGGUACAUAUAGACGUCGUUCAAGCGGAAAAAGAAAGUAAAAAGAAGGCAUCGUGAACGAAUACACUCGUCUAUAAACUGAAAAUUCCUUACUUUAGCCUUAGCAGUAUUAUUUCAAUAUAUUUUCAAGUACUGCAUGAAAUACCCAUUCCAGUUAAAGUUUUCCCCUAACUGAUAGCUACCUUUGCUAUAUUUAGACAAUUAAGUGAAACAAACUAGGACUUGCUCAAAGAAUUGGCUUGCUUGUCGUUAUAUUGUUUGUUGUUUUUGUUUUUCAUCUUGUUCAAACUUUGUCGGUGCAUCUACUGACUGUGCUCGCAAGAAAUGAUACUAGUUGAAUUAAGUAUGCUUGCAAUAAAUCAUACAGUGAUCAGACGUAAACGGUGCUUGUGCUCGCAAUAAACCAUACACGUUUAGUGGUGUACUUGCAAUUAAGGAUAUAGUGAUUCUGUUUCUUCCUUGUGGCCAUGGUCUACAAUCACAAUAGUAUCGUUUUACAACAUUCAAAGUUAUCAUACAAUGUAUUUGCAAAAUCCAUCGGCUGUGACGUCAUCAUUCAAUGCGGAUAGUACAAUUAAGAGACCUAAAGCAUUACAAGCGCUUUCAACUUGUCGUCUUGAAAUAUUAAAUCACCUGUUUUGUGAUCAAUACUUGAUUUUCAUUUAUGAUGUAGAGUAAAGAGAAUGAACAUUUCUGAAUAUAACUAAUAUGUACUCAAACUGUUCAAGUAAUCCAAUGUUUCAUCUAGGUUGUAUCAAAGUAUUCUAAUAGAGCGAGUUCUGCUAUUUUAGAAAUGUUUAUAUUUUACCCUAAAGUUAUUGUUAUUAUACACGCACAAUUUUACACAAUAUUUUACAAUGGUUUGUUAUUCAAAUACACUUUUGAUAAUGUU